AUGCCACAGGAUUUGUCGUCGGACCAAGACACGGACGAUGCUGAUGCCGAGUUUGUGGAGGUUGAUCCCACUGGUCGAUACGGUCGGUAUAAAGAGAUUCUAGGAAAAGGGGCUUUCAAGAAAGUAUAUCGAGCAUUUGAUGAAUUGGAAGGAAUAGAAGUAGCUUGGAAUCAGGUUAAAGUGGCAGAUCUAUUACGCAACUCUGAAGAUUUAGAGCGGCUUUAUUCAGAAGUUCAUUUGCUUAAGACUUUAAAGCACAAGAACAUAAUUAAGUUUUACAAUUCGUGGGUCGAUGCCAAGCAUGAGAAUAUCAACUUUAUUACGGAGAUCUUCACUUCAGGAACAUUGCGGCAAUACCGGAGAAAGCAUAAGCAUGUUGAUUUGAGGGCGUUGAAGAAAUGGUCUAGGCAGAUUUUAGAAGGCCUUUGGUAUCUUCAUAAUCAUGACCCCCCUGUUAUCCAUCGAGAUUUGAAGUGUGACAACAUUUUUGUCAAUGGGAACCAAGGUGAGGUGAAAAUUGGUGACUUAGGACUGGCUGCUAUUCUUCGCCAGGCUCGCUCAGCUCAUAGUGUUAUCGGUACUCCGGAGUUUAUGGCGCCAGAGCUUUAUGAAGAGGAAUACAAUGAGCUAGUAGACAUUUAUGCCUUUGGCAUGUGCUUGUUAGAAUUGGUGACCUUUGAGUAUCCAUAUGUUGAAUGUAACAAUGCUGCUCAAAUAUUCAAGAAAGUGACAUCAGGAAUAAAGCCAGCAUCAUUGGCGAAAGUGACAGAUCCCGGAGUUAAAGCAUUUAUAGAAAAGUGCAUUACGAAAGUCUCUGAUCGUUUGUCUGCCAAGGAACUUCUAAUGGAUCCUUUUCUCCAAUCUGAUCAGGAUCGUGAAAGUACAUCUCGUUCUCUACAACCCGAAACUCAUUAUUCAGAUGCAGAAGGCAGUUCUGAUCAGAUUGAUAUUGGACCAAAGGAUAUGGACCCUUCUCCUGAGACAAAUAAAGACUUCACUGUGCAAGGCCAGAGGAAAGACGACACAAUAUUUCUGAAACUGCGAAUAGCAGAUUCGACAGGUCACUUUCGAAAUAUCCACUUCCCAUUUGACAUUGGGGCAGAUACUGCAAUUGCUGUUGCUAGUGAAAUGGUUCAAGAGUUGGACCUAACAGAUCAAGAUGUCACAACAAUUGCUGAAAUUAUUGACGCUGAAAUCCAAUCCCACAUUCCAGAUUGGACAUCCAGUGAAAUUUCUGGAGAUAAUAUUGAUGGUGAGGUCUCAACUCCAUAUAGCCCAGUUUCUGAGUCUAAGGAUGAUGCUUCUGCCUUGGUACAUGAGGCCGUCCUUUCUAGUAAUCUUGCAUUAGAAAGAUUGCCUUCAGGUCGCAAGUACUGGUCUGACUCACCCAAGGAAGGUAGUGGAAAUUCUCCAGGUAAGCAUGGGUUUUCGAACUUGCAUUCUCCAGCAGAUUCGGUCAUUGCAGGAGGUACUGAAGACAAUGAAAAUUCUCCUGGUAGCCAUAGAGAGGAAGACGAUCCAAACGGCAGAGGUGCCUCUGAUUCACCAAAUGGUGGUACUGAGGAUGAUGAAAAAUCUCUUGGUAGCCUUAGAGAGGAAGAUGAUCCAACUUGUGCUGGUGCCUCUGAUUCACCAAAUGGUGCUGGUCAUAGUGCAGCUACUGAUCUACAUGUUAUUAAUGGAGCUCAUCCAUUUGAAUCAGAAGAAGUCAAGAUCUUUGCCGAGAAACUUGAGAAUCUAUUGGUAGAACAGAAAAAGGAGUUAGACGAGCUCAAGAGGAAGCAUGAAUUAGCAAUAUCAGACGUAUUGAAGGAACUACCCCCAGUUUUCUGUCAAAAGGUUUUAGAUAUAUGUAAGAUAAAGAUUCCGGACUACAAAAUGCUUUAUGAGGCAGACUGCUAA